AUGAACCUUUCGGGACCGCUUUCACUCGUAUGCUACGGUUUGUUUAUUAAAGUGUACGGCGUGAUGGCAUUUGACCGUGGGGCUUUGGAGAAACACCAUCACCUCGUGGAGGGACUGUGUCUGAUGGCGAAUUCGGCCGUAUUUUUGAUCAGCGGAGCUCUAACUGUUGGAAUGUUGCGGUCUCAGUUGAGCCGCCCCGAGGUUCUCCUACUUUUGGGGAAGCUUUUUGGCAUGUACUUAUUGUUGAAUUUGGCAAGGGCUUUGAUGAUCGUAUUGUUCAGCCCCUUGUUGUCUUACAUCGGUUACGGCCUGAACUGGAAGGAGGCCAUUUUGGUGAUUCUGGGUGGUCUUCGUGGCGCCCUUGUGUUGGUGCUGGGGUUGAGGUUAGAAAGCGAUAACCACACCCCGCAAGAUGUUAGCGACCUUCUGGCAUUCUACCUCGGAGGGAACGUUAUGCUCAUUCUUUUGAUUCAAGGACUAACUUUCGAGUUGGUAUAUCGGUGGCUGAGCCCGUAUCCGAUGAAGCCGUUCCGUCGUGUAUAUCUAGUUAAGGUUAUGAAUCUGAUCGACUACGAGUUCAACCUCGAGGUCGACUGGCUACGCAACCACUGGCUGUUCAAGAACACGGACGCCGUCGAACGCGCUCGGACCUUGGUGCCGCUUAUGUCCACCAUCCGAUGGAACGCUACCGGGAACUUGGAAUUCGAUGUCCCAGACAUCGACAAGGCAUUUGAUGACUACACCCAGCCCGACCCAAUCGAGCUGCAUGUGUAUCAAGAGAACAUGCACUUUGAGGCCAUGACUACGCUACAUAGCUGCAAAAGUCUGCGCAGCUGUUCUGCAGAGGAAUCUGGAGACUCGGAAACGGGCGAUAAAGCCCGCAAACCAUCUCCUCGCAGGUCUGAGGCUGAAUCGGGUGAUAAGACAUCGGACGACUCCUGCGAUUGUUUAAGGGCACCUGAAGAGCCACCCACCCCCGCCGACUCCUGUUCAGAAGAGCCCGAGGGACCCACAUCCACCGAUCGACCUUUGCUGGCAUACACGAUCCUGAAGAACAAGGUCGCCAAUGAUAACGCAGCAUACGACCCCAAACGUUAUCUGCGUUUGCUGGAGCACGCGAUGACUGACGAUUUGGGGGAGGUUCCGGAAAUGCGCCGUAUGUCGUCAGAUUUACUGUCGGUACCGCGUCCUUCUAUGAAUCCCGUGGGUGUGGCCUCAUACGGCAGUUACGACGGCAUGAACUCACACGCCUGGGCUCAGCGCUCCGACACGGACGCUACCAUAAACUUGGACAACCUCUACCAGCGCCCGGUACACAAGCGGUUUAUGAUGAGCACCUUCGUGCCCCGCAUGGGGAGCGACGACCGUAUUUUCGAGAACUGCGAACGAGAAUCCGAGGAUGGCGACAAACCGGGUACACGCCGAGUGCUGCGCAAGGAGCGUGAGGGCGAGUUGUACAUCAUGAUUUUCAACGCAUUUUCUGACAUGUACAACAAACUGUACCAAUCGGAGCUAAUAGACGGCGGAUCGUUACUGUUGCUGCAGAAUGCGCUAGAUAAGUCGCGUGAUUUCGCUUUAAAGAAGAUGAAGAAGCGUGCAAUAGCUCCCUGGCAGGCAGCCCUCGCAUCGGACCCAGGUCCGGAUGCAGGUCGCCACGAACCUCCCGAGGGUGUGGAAUCGAUGGAUGGCUUCGAGUUCGAGUGGUUCAUUCUGCACUCCAUGGUGGACAAGCGGAUGAGUCGCAUGGAUAGCUGCCUGGGGUGGCAUUUGCUGAACUUCUCGCAGCACAAUGUAGUUCAGUCUGUGCUCGAGCUUUUGGUGGCGUACAUCGACGUCCACCAGCACCUGCUUGACCGCGGUGGGCGCAACAUGGAGCUUUUGCUGGAGGGAAAGCUGAUCAAUAGCUUCCGCAGCCAGCUCGGACACGCGAAGCUCUAUAUCGCGACGCUGCGAAGCCGAUUCCCACAGGACUUCAGCCACGGUCUGGUGACCAUGGCUGCGUGCAUGAUGCUACGCAUUAAGCUCGAUGUGGCGAAUGAGCAGUCUACCCAGGGUCUGUUGCUUGAGGAGGACCGUUGUCGUGUUGUUGAGGUGCUCGAGGAGCAGCUGUUCAACGUGGCCACGACGAACAACCGCAUCAACGUUUUCAAGAGGCUGUUCCGGCGUGCCUUCCAUGCGGUUACCUGCAGGGGCGGACGCGGAUGCAACAGCACCUAA